AUGUGUAGUGCUUGUGAGGUUUUUUUAGAUGAGGAUGCUAAAAAAUAUGAAGCCUAUUUGGCUGCCCUUAAGCAACUUCGACGAAAGUCUUCGUACGUCGAGGUUACUCCGAGAGAGAAACACCGAAAUCAGGAAUCCAAGAAACAAGCUUUGCUAGAUGGUAUAUCAGGAACUUGGAGUACUGUCCAACAGGCGACAAGAAUUGCAAUUAUAGCUUCCUUAGUGCCGGAUGAGAUUAUUUACAGACAUUCAGACCAUGCCGUUAGAAGUUAUGAGACUGCGCUCAUGUUUAUAGAUGUCUCUGGUUUUACCAAGCUAUGUGAGACUUAUACGAAAACGGGUGGUGGGCCUUCGAGGCUCACCCAGGUUCUUAAUUCUUAUAUUGGUGCUAUGGUUCAAGAAAUUUUAACUCAUAAAGGUGAUGUUUUAAAGUUCUCUGGCGACGCAUUUUUGUCGAUGUGGAAGAAAUCUCCCCGAUUAAACAUGCAAGAUGUCGUUCAUACCGCAAUAGAUUGUGGUUUGUUAAUUCAAAAAAAUUACGGAAGAUAUAUGACUGACGUUGGAGUUGUUUUAAAAGUCAAAGUCGCUAUAUCCGCCGGUUUGUCUCAUUUUUCUAUAAUUGGUGGUGGUAAUAUAUCCCAAACACAAUACGUGAUAGUCGGUCAGCCGGUAUGGGACGUCAAAAUGGCGGAAUAUAUGAGCGCAGCUGGUGACGUUUUAACGUCAGCCAGUGCUUGGAUGUAUGUUAAUGAGGCGGAAUAUUGCACACAGCCGUGCGGAGAUGGUAGACACACUAAGGUAUUGGGUGUUGGCGCUUCAUGGAAAAGAGUAGAGAAACUGCGUUCUUCUCUCGGAACGAGUAAAGAAUCAGAAUUCUUUAGUAACGAAAAUUUAUCAGCUGAAAAUUUUAUUGUAUCCGGCAUUAAUUAUCGAGAGUAUGCACAUCGUCCAGCCGUGGUAGCAGCGAUGCGUGGUAGUUGGUGGCCGGCUCUACGUCAAUUCAUGGUACCACCAAUAUUACGAGCGGUUGACAACGACGAACCUAUGGACUUUCUGACCGAAAUCCGCCAUGUUGUUGUUGUCUGUAUAAACAUAAUAACACGAACUGUCACAGAGACUGUACUUAUUGAGGUUGUUGAUACCGCGUAUAAAUGCGUCUGCAGCGUGACGUCAGAAGCCGGCGGUCUCGUCAACAAAAUCUCAAUGUUCGACAAGGACAUGAUGUUGCUUGUAGUUUUCGGCUUGAGAGGUCUCAAACACGAGGACGAAGCCCAAAAGGCACUUCAAUGUGCGUCUCAGUUAAAGGAAUCUCUUGAUGAUGUUAAUAUUAUAAAUGUUAGCAUUGCAGUUACCUCGGGACUAACGUAUUGCGGCGUUGUCGGUCAUGUACUGAGGAGAGAAUAUACUGUAAUAGGAUCAGCUGUUAACAAGGCUGCUCGUUUAAUGAUGGCGUAUCCAAAUAAAGUGACGUGUGACAAAGAAACAUUUUUAAAGAGCAAACUAAAUCAGGAGUGUUUUAAAUUGGUUGAAAUAAAACCUUUAAAGGGAAUAUGUAAACCUGGUCCAAUAUAUGAAUUCAGUAAUCCUAGAAAGACGGAAAGAAUUACAUACUGCCGACAUCCAAUUCUUGGUCGUAAUGAGGAACUGCGAAAAUAUAAAAUGACCUUACACAAUGCGUUGGAUGAACACCAGAAGAGCUUUACCAGAUAUAGAGACCAUAAAUUCGGUGUAGCAUUUAUUGGACCAAAAUUGGUUGGAAAGACACGUCUCAUGCAAGAAUGUAUAAACAUCACUCCAUCGUUUGUUAUAGUUGAUCAUUUUGUUCUGACAGAGAAAGACAAGCUAAAGUUUGGCAUAAUACGACUAAUAAUGAAAUCGAUCUUCAAAUGCGGUGGGAAAUUGUUGAGAGAAAAUCGCGAGAACAGAAUAUUGACCUCUAUUGAUAUGACGUCUUUAGGGCCUCUUGAGAUAUAUGCUAUAAACACAGUAUUCGACUGUCGGUUUCCAUUGCCUGAAAAUUACGCUCCAGCGUCCAAAUUCCUCGAUCAAUUUAAAGUGAAGGAAGUUAUUAAAGAAAUUUGUAGAGUGAAUUUGCCAACCCUACGCGUGAUAGCGAUCGCCGAAGGUCAAUAUAUUGAUGAUGAUUCCUGGCAUAUAAUAAUUCUUCUUUUGGGAGCGAAACUUAUUUUUCUUCUUGUUAGCAUAUCGGAAGAAGAAACGCUUUCUGCCACAGCCACAAUAUGUUUAGCUAACGCUAUGAUAGUCAAGUUGCCACUAUCGGGAAUCGAUCGCUGGUACCACGCGGCGUUAGCCUGUCAGCUUUUGGAUGUACAAGCCAUUCAGUCUGAUUUGGAAAAGAUUAUUGAAAGUGCAAGUGAAGGUUUGCCGGGGUGGAUUCAGAACUUUGUCAUAUCACUAGUUCAGAGAGGUCAAUUAACAAUGAUGACCAUGUCCCGAUCAGAAGCGCUCGAAAUGGGUGCCGUGACACCCUCACCAGCGUUACUUGAAACUGACACCACUAAUACGUCGUUUGAAGAUAUAGAAUGUAGCAAGGAUAGUUACUCUUACGUACUUAAACAAGGCUCGGUGGCUGAAAACGAAAUGAUACAAAUGGCGGUCCUCACUGACACUUACGACUUCGAGAACAUGAAAGUUGACGUCAAAAUGGAUGCGCUUAUUUUGAAGACAUACGAUUCUUUGACGCCUUUCGAGAAAAUGCUGUUGAAAUGUGGUUCUGUGCUUGGCGAAGUAUUCUCUCGCUGCAUGCUUUUGCAUUUGUUGCAGAGCGAUUCCCCGCGGAAAGUAGCUCAAGCUGUGGCGAAGUUAUUCGCUAUCCGUGUACUGGAAUGCGAGGGUGGUGAUUUUUCGACCAACAGUUCUAUGGUGCUUGUCCACUUGGCUCCGGCUUUGGAGGCCACUAAAAUGCCGCAUUGCUCAUGUGUUGGGGUCACUGAACCACCACACUGUCAAGAUCUUCCAUCGUACGCCUUCUGUGGAUACAUGAAAUUUAGACACAACAUGUUUAGAACGACCACGUAUGAAUUAUUGACUGAGAGUCAGAAGUGCGAUUUACACGCUCGUUCUCUACUGUUCUUGGAGCGAUACACUCGACGUUGUAACUCGUGUGGCGGCGGGUGUUUUACACGACUUCUGGGGUUAAGAUGUGACGAUGGUUUAGUACAUGAGAGCAAGGAACUAAAUCAAAUUCGCGAGCAAAUUUGUGCUUUAAGCACUGAGACUAAGAUGACGAGUGAUAAUAGCGGGGUUGAUGCGUUUUCCCAAUACCAGAUGUCAAUUAGAAGUGAAUCAAAUAUCCGUGCAUUACUAGAUUCUGAGGAUUUGCGUCGUUUGAGCCGCUCCAUGCAAAUGUAUCGUAAAGAUAAACGUAUAAGAUCCUUUUCGUCUCUAGAGUUGAGUAUAUGUGAAUGUUUGCCGAUACUUCUAUCGGCUUAUUCACAGGCCAUAGAACAUUGUCUUGGUGCAGAUGAUUCUGAAAAAUUAUUCGAAGCCUACUUAGAAUACGCUGACUUGAGCAUAAUCAACAUGAAUAUACCACAGGCUGUUCACUUACUCUCUAAAGUAGAAGAAUUUGUUUUGAGUGAUGCGAGUAAUAAGAAAACCGAGUUUAAGUGGGUCAAAGAUUUUAAACUGGGUCGAAUACACUCGUUGCGCGGCGCUUGUUUACUUGAGUGUGGUGAUUUAGACCAAGCUAGGAAGGAAUUGUUACAGGCGAUGCAGCUGUUCUGUGAUCCAUUCCCAAGUUCCAAAAACGCGGUACGCUUCAGAAAUUUGAGGGCCUCGUUCAGUCAGAUAAUGGCAUUGUUCGUAGUACCACAGAUGUAUGUGGCUACUACCAGCGGUUUCGUUGGGGAUUUUUACGAAGCUAUCGCCUGGACAUUGAAUAGGCUAUACAGGCUAUUCAAUGAGAGUAAAGAGAUGUCAAACGCAGCCCUCGCAGCUAAAUGGUCCAUGAAUUACGCGUUACGUACCGAUUCAAACUUUCGCCUGCUGUGUGUCAGCUACGGAAAUAUGAUAUCAUCAUACAGACAGACUAAAAAGUUCUGGAUGUGCCAAAAGUUAGAAAAACGCUCAAUGGAACUCUGUCAACGUAAAAUCGGUCAAGUGGAUGUUAUGGAAGUACAUGCCAUCGGAUAUCUUUAUAUCAGCAUAUUUUUGUUUUACGUUGAAGUUGGUAAGAAAAUGGAGAGUCUAGAGUUUGGUCUAUCAGUAAUGAGCAUAAUGACGACUCUCACGGACCUACCCACGAGGCAGAUACUAGUGUUGUGGAUCUUGAAGCUUUUGUUGACGGAGAUGAGAUUACAACAGAUGGUCGCCAUCAUGAGGGAAUUCCUUUUCCACACCGACCAUUACGACUUGAGCUCUGAAACAUGGUACUAUUACUACGCGAUCGUAAUUCUACUAGACACAGGCUACAGUGUGGAGCCGUACCGAACCUGUGAGAAAUUUUACAUAAAAAAAGGUGAAACAAUACUAAGGACCAAAACACCAGAAGCGCCUUGGAACUUUUUCGUUUGCAUGUGGCUCGUAACAAUCCGUACCGGCGCUUGGGAGAGAUGCGUCGUUUGGGAAGAAAGGAUAAAGAAAUUGCAAACGGCCAAAAUAGAGAAACACGAAUAUAAAAUUAUGAUUCUUGUAAGAUUGGCUGAGGGAUUCUUGAUCAUGUUGGUGCGGGAGAUCGAUAACCGAAAUAUCAAAAAAAUCCAACGUUUACACAGCACUCUGAAAUACUUAUUCAAAGAUAUGAACAAGUCUUGCAAACAUGUUCCCAUAUUUAAACCCAGAGUUUUAUUACUAAGUGCGUACUACUACUUCAUAAAGGGCGAUAAAAUACGCGCCUACAACUCUCUUAAUAAAGCCAGCGAAUGGAGUAAAAUUUACUCUCACGGCACUUUACUUAUAUGGAUUGAACAUACAAGAGAUCACUGGAGGGGGACCUUAAAUCCGAAGCUAGAACACUAUUGGGCGGAACACAUUGAGGCUGAUAAUGUUUUGGACUAUAGAGACUUCGAUUUGGAGAAAGGAAAGCAAAUCGUCCCUUACACUUUGCCAUUACCUAAUGAUUUACUUCAAAAAUUUUAA